GAUCGCUGAUAUGAAGACACCGAUGGCUGAUGCGCAGUAACAUGGGCGGCGUCGACAAGGGCGGAAUCAGGCGUGUUGCAAUGGCGGUCGCUGGAGACAUGGCGGCUCCGUUGCGGUCGCCGUGUUUUUUCUGCCAGAUGGCUCGGGGCUCCACCUCCGCUGAUCUCCUAUUCGCCGACGAGAUGGUGAUCGCCUUCCGUGAUAUUAGACCCGCCGCCUUCAGGCAUUAUCUGGUGAUACCUGUUAAGCACAUACCCACAGUCAAACAUCUCAAUCGAAGUACAGAAGACCAUCAUUUAGUCAAUCACAUGCUGAAUGUGGGAAAAACCCUUUUGGAAAGAGACGCACCUCAAUCCAAUUACAGAUUUGGUUUCCAUCAACCACCAUUUUAUAGUGUUGAUCAUCUUCAUCUUCAUUGUUUAGCACUGCCAUUUAUACCGAGUUGGAAACGUCUGAAAUAUUCUUCAUUGGGUCAUUUUGGCUUUAUCGAAGCCGAUAAAUUGUUGGCCAAGAUCAGGCCUUUGUCAGAAUUGUCCUCACAGUUGUGACAUCAAAAGCAAACCGGAGGACAUUAUUUAUCUGGUGGGCUGUUCUCUCAGAUUGUACAAAACAAGAUAGAUAAUUUUCCUUCUAGUUCGCCGAUUGGAUAAAUCCGAAGCACAACUUAUGUAUACUCCGAAAUCAACAUUCAAAAUAUUCAUCAUUAGAGCUGUUCCUUUGAGCGUUUUACCAUAGCAUCAUAUCCAUGGGGGUUUGAAUUCAUCUCUUUUGGUUGAGUAGAUGAUGGUUGUUGUCUUCUAGAAUUGUUGUUAAAGAAGACUUGUUGUAUCUAUUAUUUUUAAUACGGGAGUUUUUCAAUGGGAUAAAACUCAUGGCUUUUUCACCCAUAUUGGCGAAUUUUUCAUGUAAAGAUUUGAUGUCUUAUUAUUUAUUUUGCUAAAUUGAUUUGUAAAAUCCGAAAGGUGUUUUGCAUAUUUAUGACUUCUUUUUUACAA